AUGGCGCUAAAGCGGGUACUUGUAAUCGCGGGCUCGGACAGCUCUGGCGGAGCUGGCCUCGAGGCAGACCAGCGGGUACUUACCGCUCAUGGCUGCUAUACACUCACAGCCACUACGGCUUUGACGGCGCAGAACACACUGGGUGUUCAGGAUAUCCAUGUCGUCCCUGUGGAGUUUGUAAGGAAGCAGAUCAAUGCUGGGUUGGAGGAUGUUGGGGCAGACGUGGUAAAGUUGGGCAUGUUGGCAUCUGCGGAAACUGCGGAGAUGGUGUCUGAAACUCUGCGACAUCACAAGAUUCCCGCAGUUGUUCUUGAUCCGCUGCUCCCGGGUGAAGCCGCGAAUAUCGUCCGGACGAAACUUCUACCAUUGACAACAAUUCUAACCCCUAACAUACCCGAAGCAAUCCUACUGCUCCAAGAUUCAGGGGCGGAUGCCAAAAAUCCCGAGAACCUUGAAGAUGCCAUCCAAAUAGCAAAACAGAUCCAUACCCUUGGCCCUAAAUAUGUUUUGUUAAAGGGUGGUCAUUUGCCAUUAACGGCUAGUUACGAGCGAGUAACAGCAGACCAGCAACCGUCAAAAGUGGUUGACGUUUUAUUCGAUGGCGAAAAGGUGACUUUGUUUGAGAAUGAGUUUCUCACAUCUAAGAAUACCCAUGGAACUGGUUGCUCUCUUGCUUCUGCGAUUGCGGCAAAUUUGGCCCAGGAAAUGGAUGUCGUGCGAGCUGUUCGCGCAGCGUGCAGGUACGUCGAGGCCGGCAUCAGGACGAGCGUGGAUAUGGGUAAAGGCAAUGGGCCGAUUAAUCACUUCCACUCUCUGUACUCGGUACCGUUUGCGCCCGGCCGAUUCCUCGAAUAUGUGCUGAAUCGCCCUGAUGUCCAGCCUGUUUGGAAGGCAUAUACGGAACACGAGUUUGUGGAAGGUUUGGGGAAAGGGACGCUUCCCGUGGAAAAGUUCAAGGGCUAUUUGAUCCAGGACUAUCAUUAUUUGGUUCACUUUGCCCGGAGCAAUGCGCUUGCAGCAUCGAAACAUAAUAAUAUUGAAGGGAUAAAGAUGUCCGCAGAAAUAGUGCUUCACAUCCAGCGCGAAAUGAAUCUGCAUCUCGAUUACUGCGCAUCGUUUGGGUUGACAAAGCAGGACAUCGAAAGUUACAAGGAGAGCCUAGCCUGUGUCGCCUACAGCAGAUAUAUCCUCGACAUAGGCCAAUCGGAGGACUGGUUGGCUUUGCAAGUUGCACUCUCACCAUGUCUAAUUGGGUACGGAAUUAUCGCCAAAAGGUUACAUGGCGAUGAGAGCAGCGCACGCACAGGAAACAAGUAUUGGAAAUGGAUUGAAAAUUAUGUAGCAGCUGAUUACAUGAAGGCAGUGGAGACUGGCUGUGAACUCCUUGAAAAGCGAAUGAGGGAUGUGUCGCCUAGUCGGAUGGAGGAAUUGAUCAAGAUUUUCAUCCGAGCUACGGAGCUUGAGAUUGGAUUCUGGGACAUGGGUUUGACGGCGGACAAGCUCUAG